AUGACCAAAUAUGAGGUCAAGGAUUCUGAGCUGGAAGCUCUCCGUGGAAAGACGGUCUUAAUUAUUGGAGCAGCAUCAGGCAUUGGCCGUGCAACGGUGCUGCUUGCCCAUCGCAAGUACCCUCUCUCUUACUUUGCUGAGGUGGAUUUAAAAUACGAAGGUGCUGAUGUUCUUCGUCUCUGGUGUGAGAAGGUUACGGUGCAAAGGAGAGCGAUCUUCCGAAAAUGUGAUAUGGCGAAAUGGGACGACGUCGUAGGGAUGUUCGAAGCAACAUGGAGAGCAUUUGGUCAGAUAGAUGUCGUGCUGGCCAACGCUGGGAUUCACUCCGAGGGAGAUUGGCUCACAGACGCAAUCAGCACCACUGAUGGAAAUCUCCUCCCUCCAGACAUGAACACAAUCCGAGUGAAUUUGGAUGGCACUAUCUACGUGACUAAAUGUGCAAUGCACUACUUUGCACGACAGCCAGAUCGAAAGACCCAAUUGGUGUUCACAGGAUCGGCUGCAAGGUACGCCUGA